ACUCUGAAAAAUUCCCGAAUUACAAUUUGAUCAACCUCUUUUCUUCUUCUUCAUCAACAACAAAAUAUUGCAUUUUCUACAUCAAUCUCAACAUCUUUAAUUAAUCCGAAGAAGGAAGAGGCUAGAGCAUCAAUCUCUUUAAAUAUAUUAAUCGGGGUUUCAAUUUGCAUUUCUUUGUUUUCUUUGAUAUUUUCUAUUUAACUUUACCAACAAGAAAAAAAAAACGCUAAAAAGAUCCUGGCGGCAAGAAUGUCCGUUGGAGAGAGAUCGCCGAGGACCAAAGUGAAGUUCAUGACCAGCUUUGGUGGCAAAAUCCUCCCUAGACCUUCCGACGGCCUUCUCAAAUACGUCGGCGGAGAGACUCGCGUCAUUGCCGUCUCUCCAGACAUCACAUUCGCAGAACUCACCAAGAAACUCACAGAAAUAACAGAGAACGACGUCGUACUCAAAUACCAAAUCCUCCCCGAAGAUCUCGACGCGUUGGUCUCCGUAAAGUCCGACGAAGAUCUCAAACACAUGAUGGAUGAGUACAACCGUCACGAGAAGCUCAGAACCUUCUUGUUCCCAGCGAACCCAUUGGUUCUCGAGAAUCAGUUAGGUCCUAUCGAGUCGUCACCACAAACGAUAGAGCAACGCUACAUCGAAGCAGUCAACGGCAUUCUUCGCAAGAGUCCUUCUCUUCGUGCUGCACCAAUCAAAACACGUCCUACUUUCACCCUCUCUGCUUGUUCUUCUCCGAGAUCAGAAUCAUCACCAGAUGGGUACGGUCUUGAGAUGCCUGAAACUGGUAGCUACCAGUUGAGCAGGCUUUACCCAAUGCAUAAAGUACAGAGCAGUCCAAUCAUCACGCUAGCACAUAGCUAUCACCACCACAGUUCUUACCUUCAGUCACCUAACUACUUGACUUGUAGGCUGCGACCACCACCAUCGCCACCGUUAGUUUCACAGAGAGGCUGGGAUCCACCACAUAACUCCGGUGGUGGUAAUGGAAAGUGCGGGUGUAAUGAAGAACGUAGGUUCUUGGGUAGAACAGGUAGUGUUCCUCAAAGUGCUAUGAACCAUGUGCUUCGUCUCUGAUGUUGCUGCACAGGGCUGCAUGAUAUUUGCGGCCACCGUCUGUUUAUAUUUUGUCUUUAUGUUUUCUUGUACAGUUUUCGACAUUUGUUGGUAUCUAAAUGUUUGCGUCUGCGUGCGUGAGAAUGUUUACUGCUUUGUGAAAGGGCUGCAAGAUGUUAUCUUUGGUUUAUUGGUACAUGUUUUGUAAAUCUGAUGAGAAUUUGUGGUUGAGAACAUGGAUUAUAUUGUGUUUGAAGACAAAUUUUUGUUG